AUGAUGAAUUCUAUAGACGAUAAUAAUAUGGCCCAAGUAAAUUUGCCAAGCUCUUCAAGAACUCGCGGAAGGGACUCAUCGGGGGUUAACGGAACCCUGUCAGAAAAGUCGUUUUUUCUGGAAGCAAACCCGAAUCCUGAGACGCAAAUAUCGGACACUGAACUGCAGAGGAGCACAGAUUCAAUUUGGACCUGGCCGGCCUGCUGCCAGAGAAGUGGUCUAGUGAACACUAACAAGGCAAGAAAACAAUGUUAUUCAACCCCACCGCCAGCCCCUGCCCCUGACCAGAGUUCCACUUUAUGGGGGCUCGAGCUCACUCCACAGUCUCUUGGUCCCGGAGCCUUGUCCCGCGACCUCACAACUCCACUUCGUAAUGGUACACCGGAAGCAGACUCAGAUUCGAGUGCUCUCUCCCAGCAUAACAAUCAUGGUUUCUCCUGCGGUCAAAAUCCCAAAUUUUCACUUCGUGAUCUCUCUGAGGCGGUCUCUCAAGCCGAAAAGAGGGCCCACCAAUCAAUAAGAGGCUUGAAGGAACAAGCGAGGACCACGUUACGUGCCAUGGAGUUGGAGGAACGGCGUCUUCGAACGAGGUUAGAGAGCCUUCAAAAUGAGCUGCCAAAUACUCGAAGUGAACAUCGCAGUCCAUCGCCUAGUGGUGUCCCAACUGAUCCCAGAUCGGGCUUCUAUGAUUGUCUCGUGAGUUCCAACCCGAUGCGCUUAAGUGUUUUGAAGGUGGGUCGGAGCUGUGGUUUUCCAUCAACGAUGCAAGCUAAAUUUGUGCCAGGAUAG